AUGAGUUUCUUUUUGUGCAAAAUACAAAAGGAGGUACCCGACUUUCCUAGAAAACUUCACUCUAUCUGUUUUUACGACCAUAUAUUCUCAUCUAAACAAGAAACUCAUUCAAGCGUUUUCUCAUUACUCUCUUUCUUCCUUAUGGAAAUUUGGUCCAAUCAUCAAAUCUGUCUUUCUGUCUUUCUCACCAGAAUCUGUCUUUCUGUCUUUCUCACCAGAAUCUGUCUUUCUGUCUUUCUCACCAGAAUCUGUCUUUCUGUCUUUCUCGCCAGAAUCUGUCUUUCUCGCCAGAAUCUGUCUUCUCGCCAGAAUCUGUCUCGCCAGAAUCUGUCUUUCUCCCAGAAUCUGUCUUUCUCGCCAGAAUCUGUCUUUCUCGCCAGAAUCUGUCUUUCUCGCCAGAAUCUGUCUUUCUCGCCAGAAUCUGUCUUUCUCGCCAGAAUCUGUCUUUCUCGCCAGAAUCUUCUCUUUUGGACAUGCACGUAG